CCUGCCUCCCCCCCGGCUCCGGUGGCUCCGUGUGUACCUUGUGGGGGUCCCUUGGGCAGGGAGUGGGGAGCACAGCUCUGCACCCCGCGCCCAAACCAGCGGGGCGUGCAGGGUGUUGCUGCUGUGAGAACAGCCCCAGCAGCGGCACCCCCCACACCCCGCGGUAGCACGGGCUCUGUCCCGCAGGGGGAGAGCAAAGCCGCACAGGCCACACGUGCUGACAAGGGGCAGUGAGAUGGAUCGUGGCGUCACUGUGGAGAACCCCUACGCCAGUGUCAACAUCCCACGGGAGCAGUUCCAGCAAAGCUUCAUCACUCGCUACCUGAGAGAUGAGCCCACCGUCAUCACCAACCCCGCAGCCGUGCCCUCCUACGGCACAGAGGAGCAGACUGACCUUGCUAAUGGCUGGAGCAGCCCCACCGUCUCCACAGACAAGUCCUGGUCCCGUCCCUACAACCCCUACGCCAGCCUGAGGAUGCCCCAUGGGGACUCAUCUGCCUCCUUCUACACUGUGACCCUGGACAAGCCACCCAAGGGCCAGGAGCAGGGGGCUGGCAGGCGGUGUGGCUGCUGCAGGUGCUGCUCCUGCUGCCCAAAGUGCUGCUGUGUCAUCUCCUAAGGGCCCUCCCUGCACACACGGGACGUGCUGACCACGGGAUGGGGACAGGUGACCCCACAGGGACAUGGAAGCUGUCCUGGCACUGGCAGAGCUGGCACUGGCUGGACUGACAUUGCUUUUUACUUGUGAAUUCUGCAGCAAGAUGUGCUGGUGAUGGGCACCUGCCAGGUGGGCCAUGGGGUCUGGGAACCCUGAGGAUGAUGUGUGCCAGGACAGAUGUCACCAUGAAGUGACUACGCCGGAGACAGGGCAGCACCGUGAGCCUGCAAUCCUGCACAGAGCCCUGCCAGUCUCCUCGUGCUGGGAAACCUCCACCCCGGGAA